AUGGAAGUGCAGUGCCCGUUUCGGAUCACACUGCAACGAAUUGCAUCCAGUGAAUUCGCCGAAUAUUUCUUCGACAAAUUUGAUAAAAAUGGCUCCAGAUUAGCCAUGGUAAUUUCUAAAUCCAUGCGAAGCUUUAGGAAUGUGUGGAAUCAGCUAUAA